GAUUAGUCCAACAACAGUAUAAUGGAGAACUCAGAAGAUGUUACAGAGCCAGUGAGUCCCAGUGGACGAUACUUCAAUACCACAGUGCUGUGUGCUUAUGUUUAUGGCUUCUUAGAAUCAGAAACUCCAAUUGAAUUUUCUCAAGCAAAGUAUUUGCUAGAAGAAGUGUUUCUACCACUGAAUCCGCGAUUCUCUUCCAUAAUGGUGAGAGAUGAAAAGGGAGAAAUGAAAUGGAAAAGGGUAGAGUUGAAAGCUGAAGAUCACAUAAAGGUUCCAACAUUCCCAGAAAACGAGUCGCUGGAAUCGUAUGACCAAUAUUUUGAUGAGUAUGUGACAGAGUUGAUGAUGGAAAGAACAGCACAAGAUAAACCCCUUUGGGAAAUUCAUGUGAUCAAAUACCCCACAAGCACUUGUGCUGGCACCUUGAUAUUCAAACUUCAUCAUGCUCUUGGAGAUGGUUACUCCCUUAUGGGAGCUCUUUUAUCUUCUCUUCAAAGAGCUGACGACCCUUCUCUUCCUCUCUCCUUUCCUUCACGAAAAUCUUCAUCAUCAUCAUCAUCAUCAACUUCUGAGAAGGGUUUCUUCAGGUGGUUCUCUUCCACAGUGUUAUCUUUUUUCAACUCUAUUUCAGACUUUGGAUGGAGCAUAGUCAAAAGUACUGUUGUUGAGGAUGAUAAAUCACCUAUAAGGAGUGGUGAGGAAGGUGUGGAGUUUCUACCUUGUGUCAUAUCAAACAUAUCCUUUUCUCUUGAUCAAGUCAAAAAUAUCAAGUCCAAGCUUGGAGUGACAAUAAACGAUGUGAUAACUGGAGCAAUCUUCUAUGGGAUUAGGCUAUACAUGCAAGAGAUUGAUAAUGAGGCAGGGAAAGCAAAUUCAACAGGGUUGGUGAUGCUGAGUACAAGGAACAUUGGAAGUUACCAAUCAGUUCAAGAAAUGAUGGAGGCUGAUUCAAAAUCUCCUUGGGGGAACCAUAUCUCUUUCUUGCAUGUACCAAUACCUAAGCUAAGCCAAACCAACAUAUCCAACCCUCUUGAAUUUGUGUGGAAUGCCCAAAAAGAAAUUAAGAGGAAGAGAGAUUCUUUCACUGUGUUUCUCAUUGAAUGGGUUUUAGAUAUGGAGCUGAAAUUCAGAGGAUAUGAGGCAGUGGCUAAACAUAUCUAUGGGACAUUGAGAAAUUCAAGUGUUGUUGUGUCGAACUUGAUUGGACCAGUGGAACCUAUGGUUUUGGCAAAUCAUCCUGUCAAAGGCUUGUACUUCACAAUGACAGGUGGACCAGAGAGUAUAAAUAUUUCAGUUAUAAGCUACACUAGAACCUUGAGAAUUACCUUGAAAACACAGAAAGGCUUCAUUGAUGAGAAGAAGUUCAAAUUGUGCUUGGUGAAAGCCUUUGACGUCAUAUCCAAAGCAGCAAUGGAGAUAGAUACCCAACAAAAGCAAAGGCUAAAUUAACAAAAAAAUGUUAUGUUUGUAACAAUUCUUACAACAAUAUUAUUUUCUCUCUAACACUUUUUUACAUGUUAUUUAUUACGUAUUGUAAUUACGGAAAAUAAAUACAAACCAAUGA